AUGGUCUUUCUCUCGAUUUCUUCUUACUCUCCUUUUUCACCCUUUCUCUUUAAUUCUUUCCCAGCGUCUCUCUUUAUUACUUCUCCUGCCCUUAUCUGUUUCUUUUCACAAUGUUUCUCUUUUUUCUUUUCCUCCACUGUUCUCUCUUCUUUUUUAAUUCCAAUAUCUAUUUCUGUCUCUCUUUUCAAUUUCUUUCUCCUGCCCUCGCCUCUCUUUAUCUCACUGUCUUUUUUUUCUUCAAUUUCUAUCUCAGUCUCUCUUUAUUUGACUUUUUGUUUUAACUUGUCUCUCUCUUUCUAUUUCCCUCUUUCUCGUCUUCCCUAUGUCUCUCUCUCUCUCUCUCUCUCUCUCUCUCUCUCGUCCAAUUAUCAUUAUCUCUUUAUCUCAUUUUCUUUUUCAAUGUCAAUCUCUUUGCUUUUCUCUCAGCUUCUCUCUUCUUUUACUUUCUUUAUUUCUCUUUCUUUUUCAAUGUAUAUCUCUCCUUCUCUUUCUCUUGUUUUCCCUCUCUCUACCUCUUUUUUUCUUUUUCAUUUCUUGAAUUUCAUUCUCUUUAUCUAUCCUCUUCUCUCUUCUUUCUUUUUUUUAUUGAUCUUCCUUUCUUCCUCUUCUUUUCAAUCACUCCCUCACUCUAUGUCUUCUUUUCUUAUACUUAUCACUCUUUCUUUUUUUAUAUUCUCUCUCUUUCUCUCUUUCUCCUCUUCCUAUAUUUAUCUCUCUUUAUUGUUCAAUUAUCUUUCUCUUAACCAUUUUCUCUAUUUCUCUCUCUUUCUUUUUCAAUUUCUCUCUCUCACACAGACUUUCUCUCUCUCUUUUCCUCUCUUUAUCUCUCUUUUUCAAUCUCUCCCUCUCUCUCAUUAUCUUGGAAAUCAUUUACUUCACAAAUUUUUCGACAUUCUUUAUUCAAUUCUUUCUUUCUUUCUAUUGUGA